AUGGCCCUCGGUGAAAAUGUCAUUCGUUUUUGGGAUAUAUCGAAGUCGGACAAUUAUACGCUAACUCCCAGCCUGCCGGCCACUGCCGACCAACAGAAUUCCGUUCGAAUUACCCGGAUCGCAUUCUGCCCGAAAUUUAAACUGCUUGCUGCUGGUUUAACUAAUGGUCAAAUCGCAAUCUGGCGGAAGGUUUCAACUCCAAAGCAUCCCAAAACCACACCACUGGAUGCGGAACAACGUAGCCUCUCUUCCACUGCCGGCUCUCUUACCGCUGAGACUGGUUCUGCUGUCUUUGAACCUGCAUCACACUGGCAUGCUCAACCCAUCAUUGAUCUGCUAAGUAAUCACGCCGACGAAAACCUGCGCGAGAGUGGCAACAUCGCUGUUCGGCUGAUUGCCUGGGAUAAUGUUGAGGGCAGAGUGCUUGCCGCCUACGAUACGGCCGAGAAUACAGAUGAAGCUUGUGUGGGUGAGUGGUUUUCAGCUUUACGUUUUGACUUAAACGCACGAAGUAUAUGA